AUGAAUGUUUUACAUAAUGUUGUACGGGUUCAUAUUCCUGGUUUGUUAGCAUCGGUCCCCAUUCCAGACUCAUUCACCGGGCUCUUUUCGUUAUCACCCAAGGACAUUUUGGGCCUAACACUUUUCAGUGGUUUUUCUGCUGCAAUAGGUUACUCCAUUUAUUUCACGGUAAAAAAUCGUGGCUUCUCUAAGCAAUUCAAUACUGAAAUAAAAAAGGAUCAAGAAAAAGUUGUUGAUUUUGUCGAUAUAGAAUCAAUAAACGGAAAAGCAAGCUUUUGCAGAUGCUGGAAAUCCAAAAAGUUUCCAUACUGUGACGGGGCACACAAUUCUUAUAACAAAGAGACUGGUGAUAAUAUCGGACCUCUGGUUAUUGAAGCAAAGAAAACAAAUUAG